AUGAGCGGCCUGUUCGGCACUCCUCCCAAGGGCGCUCCAGAUUCGGAGAGUGAUGACACACUUUUCGACCUCCCGACCGAGGGUGUAACCGGUCCUCCCUCGGUGCACCAGUCGCCGGUGCCCUUCCAAGCUCCCGCCUUGGCGACGGACGGUCCGACGCCGUCAGCCUCCAGCCCGAUACCCCCCAGCCCGUCGCCGCUCGGCGUCAACAAGUCGCCGCUGAGGGAUUCCACCGGCAGCUUCGACAACCCCCUGUUCAACGACGACGGCGAGGGUUCCGGGGCGGUUGAAAUCACAGCCGACGGACCGGGCGCCGACGCCGAUAGCUCCGUGAGCAGCCACGCCAAUCCCUUGUUCGAGGACGACGAGGCCGGGGAUGACGAGGAGAAGAUAUUGCGCGACGCGGACAUCGAGGAGGGCGUGUUCCGCGUGGACUCCCCGCUGACCACCCCCCAGCUCAUCGGCGGCACCCCGCUCCUGGACCUCUCGCAGUACUCGCUAAAAGCAAAGGUCAAAAUCAUGUGCAAGUGCGAGUACCUCAACCCUUCGGGCUCCAUCAAGGACAGGAUCGCCCAGCACAUCAUAGCCCAGGCGGAGGCGAGCGGCGAGUUGAGGCCCGGGAUGACGGUCGUCGCCGCCACGAGCGGCAACACCGGCGCCGCCAUCGCGAUGGCCUCCGCGCAACGCGGGUACAACUACAUCGUCAUCACAAACAAGAAGACGUCCAAGGAGAAGAUCGACGCGAUGAAGGCGUACGGCGGCGAGGUGCAGGUGUCGCCCUCCGGUGUCGCUCCCGACCACCCGGACCACUACCAGAACAUCGAGAACCGCCUCGUCGCCGAGAACCCGGCGACGUACUACGGCGUCGACCAGUACAACAACCCGUACAACACGGAAGCGUACGAGGUCACGCUCGGGCCGGAGAUUUGGCACCAAACCUCGGGGGAGGUGACGCACUUCAUCGCCGGCGGGAGCACCGGCGGUACGGUGAGCGGCACCGGGCGGUACCUCAAGAGCCAGAACCCGCAGGUGCGGGUCGUGAUGGCGGAUCCCCACGGCUCGGUGUUUUGGGACCACAUCGUCAACGGCGUCGCCGCCGACGACGUUAAAGUUUCCAAGAGUUGGGAGAUGGAGGGCGUGGGGAAGGACUCCAUCCCGGGCGCGUUCGACGUGAACGUGAUCGACGGGAUCGUCCGCGGGGACGACGAGGACGCGUUCGCCAUGUGCCGCGAGGUUGCCGCCAACGACGGCUUACUCCUCGGCGGAUCCGCGGGCCUAAACCUCCACGCGGCUCGCGUCCUCUCCGGCGAGGUGGACGACGGCUCCGUCAUCGUCACCGUAUUCCCCGACAACGGCGUCAAGUACCUGUCCAAGAUCUUCAACGACAGCUGGCUCGAGUCCAAGGGUCUG